AUGAUUGACGUUUUCAUGCUUAAGAAGGUCUUGCAGGCUAAAGAAAGAGAAGCAAACUUUGCUUUUAUUAGAUAUAGGGAAAAGUCUGAACUAGAGAAGACGUUGAGAUGGGGGGGACAUCAAUGGAUUGAUGGGAAACAUUUGGUGGUGAGAAGAGCUGAACCAGCACAGACGAGUAAUGGAGAGCGAGAAAGUAGGGAAGUUCACGCAAGAAAAUUGAAUAGGGUUGUCACAGGACCAAGAAAUCCCGGAGUUAUUGGUGAUAGAUCUGGAUCUUUUUCAAGGGAAAGUUUGCUUCGACAUCGGGUAGCAUCUCAGGUUUUGGAGCUGGGGAUUUUGGUGCACUCUGUGAUAAUAGGGAUAUCUUUGGGUGCUUCUGAAAGUCCAAAGACUAUAAAGCCUUUGGUGGCUGCACUGACCUUUCACCAGUUCUUUGAGGGUAUGGGACUUGGUGGAUGUAUUUCACAGGCUCGGGCUGUCGCAAUGGCACCUUUUUUCUCUCAAGCCCCAGUUGGCAUUGCCAUAGGAAUAGGGAUAUCAAAUUACAAUGACAGCAGCCCAACAGCUCUUAUUGUUGAAGGGAUCUUCAACGCGGCAUCAGCUGGGAUUUUAAUAUAUAUGGCGCUGGUCGAUCUUCUUGCGCUAUUUUAUGAAUCCAAAAUUGCAAAAAAUGGAAUGCUUCAAGUAGGAGCCAGUCUUGCUCUUCUUCUUGGGGUCUUCUGUCUGUCCUGGCGAUUUUCAAUUUACAUAAGCAAGCUUAAUGGUAGCAUUAGGAUCAACGGGGCAUCUGCUGGGAUCUUGAUAUAUAUGACGCUCGUCGAUCUUUUUGCUGCUGAUUUCAGAAAUCCAAAGCUGCAGAACAAUGGAAUGCUUCAAAUAAGAGGUAACGGCCUUCUCAAAAGGACCAAAGUUCCACGUUACGUAUAUGAGGCAGCCAACCCCAGUCCUCCCCUUGACAACUGUCAAAACCAGCGAGCUUAA